ACUGUACGUGCGACGCUCGUAGCCAUGGAAGAGAAACGAGGGGCUUCGUCGAUUACAUUGGUAGCAUCUGGAAAGCCGGCCUCACUCAUAUUAAAGGAGAGAAAGACUCCGUCCGAAAAAAAGACAGAGGACGACCCACACUCCCUCCCAAAAAAGCAAUAACUUCGUCAAGCUUUACAGACAAUGCUGCAGAAGACAGGAAUACUCAUCCUUUUCGCAUUGCUCGCGUCCGCCUAUGAGAUUGACCAAAACGAGUCGCUAGCAGCCAGGAAAGCCCGAGUCGCUGUUCACAGCUCAGUUGAAGUUGUUCGAUGCUUGAACAAUGCACUUCAGGUUGGCUGCGGCGCUUUUGCAUGCCUGGAAAACUCCACUUGUGACACAGAUGGGAUGCAUGAUAUCUGCAAGUCCUUCCUCUUCAGUGCUGCUAAAUUUGACACUCAGGGCAAGGCUUUUGUUAAAGAAAGCCUGAAGUGCAUCGCCAAUGGCAUAACGUCUAAGUUGUUUCUCACCAUCCGGAGGUGUGCAACCUUCCAGAGGAUGAUUUCAGAAGUACAAGAAGAGUGUUACAACAAGCUAGACAUCUGUAGCAUUGCCAAAAGUAACCCAGAGGCCAUCACUGAAGUUAUACAGCUACCAAACCACUUCACCAACAGAUAUUACAGCAAACUUCUCCGAAGCCUUAUGGAGUGUGAUGAAGAAACAGUCACCGUUAUCCGGAACAGUCUAAUGUCCAAGCUUGGACCUGAUAUGGCCAAUCUUUUCCAACUGCUUCAGAGCGACCGUUGUUCUAAUUCAUUCCAAAUGAGGGAAGAAGGGAACAGACGACGGCCAUCCGAGCCACAGAAACUGAAGCUCUAUUUCAGGAAUCUGCGGGGUGAAGGGACUGCUCCAUUCUCCAUGAAGCGAACCUCUGGGGAAAGUUCAUAAUUUAAAAGUGAAGAGGCAGAUUAACAAAAAAAAAAAGAAAACAAAACAAAAAACAGUGUUCAAUGGGGUAUGUAAGGAUUUAAACUUUUACCAAAGUUGGAAAUCUGAUAUAUCACAUUUAGCUAAGAAGUAUUUGUUAGCAAAAAGAACACACAUUGUUAUGAAGCACUAUUUAUAACACAAAACAUCUAAAAAAAAAUCAGCCUGUGUAAACACCAUUCAGGUAGCUCUCGAUAUUAAUUUGAUAGAUGAUCAGAAUGAUAUAAGAACCACAUUUUUGUUCACUUUGGGCAAACUGUGUUAGUUAAAGUGGAAAACAGACUUCUUUCAAAGAUAUUAUCCAUUUGCAUUCUAGAGAUAGGAAUUACUUAUUAAUAAGAAUAAGUAACAUCAGACUAUAAAUGUUCACAUGCAAUGUAUGUAACCACUAGAGUGAAACUUGAGUAAUCAUAAAUCUCUGGGAUAUAGAACUAAAAGGGAAAAAGAGCAGGGGUUAAAAUUAUAUUUUCCUUUGCACUCGUGAAUGCAAUACAAAUCAGAGAGAGACAUAGCCAAACCUGAAGUCCUUACAUUUUGUUUUUUUUUUGUUUUUUUUUUAAACUGAUGCUGAUCAUAGCUGCCUAACAUUCCUCUUACUAUGAAACCCCUCUGCAGGAGUUACAAUGAAAAUUAAUGUAAUGGACCAACAGAAUUUUUGAUGUGUAUUUAAAUUUCAAAAUUGCACUCCAUGCCGUGUCUGACUUUAAUACAGAUUGAUCAUCACUGUCAUUUUUAAGUGUAGGGCUGCAUGAUGACGAGUAUUCAGUUUAGCAUGUUAUACUACGGUUGAUAAAUCCUAACUCACAAUUCUGAUCUCAAGCUUUUCGUCUCCUUUUUUUUUUUUUUUCUAAAAUGAGUUUAGCAGUUUUCACAGACACUAACCAUAUACCAUGUAACACAGUAAUUACACUGAGACAGAGGAAGUUGUGAAAUCAUAGCUGAGGAUUUGCUUAGAUGCAAAGACAUUCAUUUUCUAAUUGUAGGUGUACAAGUGCAACAUUUUUUUUUUGUUUGUUGUUGUUGUCGGUUAAAAAUAGUUCUUAAAAAUCAUUUACAGCUGUCCCACAUGCAGAUAUCUACUGCGUUGUGUCUCUGUUCUCAGAACUAGAGGUUUGACACCAAACAUCUCUCAUUCUUUCCUUUUCUCUCUUUUUAUUUCAAUGUAUGUUCUGAGACAUGAGCUGUAGCUAUUUAUAACUCUUUAUUUGUUAUAUUAUUUUAUUUAUUUGCCUAUCCAUUGAUUCUAUUUUAUUUAAUAUAUUCUUAAGUAAUUUUAUAACAUAUUAAGGAAGGAGCUGUCACAAUUGCUCUUGUUUCCAGUGUAUUACACUGGAAAAUAUAAUAAUUGUAAUAGCUGGUGUCCCGGCUUCCAUAGGGCUUUCUGUUUUAGUAACUUGUAAUUUUGACAUAUAAAAAGCAUCAUUAUAUAGCAGCUCUAAGUGAAAUCCAGGAAGAUAGUAACUCUUUAUAGAAUAUAUUGCUGUCAUUUAUUAGAUGCAGAUGUCAAGAUUUCAAAGAUGCAGAGCUCGGUGAUAUUAUAGCUAAUAAUGAAACACACAUAAUGAAGUUCUUCAUUCCAUUUUACCCAGUGACUAGGUCUAAUCCUUGUAAUGACUCUAUGCUGGCCAUAGAAGAACAAGUGCAUUAUUUUAGCUCUGGGACAUACAUAUUUAGCUAAAUAGGAACCUUCUAUGUAAAGGAAAUAAUAAAAUUGGAGUAAAUUAGAACAGAAGCUUUAAAUUCGUGAAACAAUAUCUGAAAGCUAUGCUUUAAUGGCUUGUAAAUAUGAAAUGACACAGCCAGUUCAGUAGUCAUGUAGCUUUUGUUGUCAGGAAUGAGAAUGAAAAAUUACGCGCUGAUGUUGGUGAUGAGGAGCAGUAUUCAGAUUUAAUUUUUUUACUUCUGAAUUCACAGAUGAUUUUUGUAGAAUGUUUCACUACUUGCAUCCACCAGAAUUCUCAUACAUGUUUCCAGACCAAUUGCAGAUAUUUUUUUACAGAGGUAAAUUACAAAAAGUGAUGUAAUAAAGAUACUAUGAGUUUAAUAUUCCAUUUUAUUUUCUUCAGAUUAUCUUAUUCAUGUAUUUUUUUAUAUAACAUUUGCAUGACAACAAUUAUUUGUGAAAAUGUUGGUUAAUGAAUAGCUAUUAUUUAAAUGUUUGUUUUCUAACAUAAGUAAAGCGAACAUGUCCAUUCACCCAUCUUCUGAACUUGCUUAGUUCAGGUCAGGCUGAUAAAGGCAGCAUUAGGGCACCAGUCAGGAAUAAACUGUGAACCUGACACCAGUCCAUCGAAGGGCAUAUUUGCUCAUGUUUUGGGUCAACUGUUGUCUUUCAGUCUAACCCACAGAUUUUUGGGAUGUAAGAAAAAAAAUGAAUAUCUUGGGGGAAAAACCCAUACAAAUAUGGGAACAACAUGCAAACUUCAAACUGAUGGCAUCUGAACCAGAUCUGGAUCCUUGAGGCAACACCACUAACCACUGCACCACUCAAUGAAAAAUGUGAUUUUAAGAUUUUUUAAGCUACAACAGCACAGGAUCUGUAAAAAAAUGCACUUACUUGAUAAGAAAUUUAAGUUUUACAUUUUGUCUUUAAAUGGGUGGCUUCUAAGAACAUUUCAUUGCAUAAAAAUGCCAUUUUAAGCUUGCAUGUUCUUUUUAUAUGUGCAUGUAUUCUCCCAAAAUGUGCCAAUUUGCAUCUAGGAAACAUGAAGUGAAAAGAAUUUGCAGAUAUACCUCAGUCGCUUUCAUGUGUGUUUGAAGGUAGAAGUUAAUUUAGAGAGAAAAUUUCAUACCUUCUAGUCACACUUUGACUAGGCUGUCUAGCUUUUUGUAAUAGAUGAAAAGCAAUAUAAAUUGCCCAUCUGUAUCCAUCAGUUUGGAUGAAAAUUCUAAAAUCUUGUGUAAAAUCCAUUCUUUUAGUCAGCAUUCAUUGAAGAAAUAGCCCUUUCAUGUGCAAUGCUACAUUUAGUUUACCUGCCUAUUUUGGUCAAGGUCAAGGAACAAGUUGUAUGCUUGGCAGAAACCAUCCACCGAUAUAAUAUUAGUCUUUUCAUACACAACAAGCAUACACAGGAAACACUCAUGUGGCAUACACAGGAAACACUCAUGUGGCAUACACAGGAAACACUCAUGUGGAUUGAGGUAAAUUUCAAUUACCAACCACCAUGAGAUUAUGUCAUUAAACUGAGAAAGCAAGUCACUGGGGAAAACUUGCACAAAUCCUCAGAGAACAUGUAAACUCCUCAAAAAUGCUAACACAGCACAAAAUCUAAGUAGGGCCUUAGUGGUGGUGUAGUAAAGAUUAUCAUUUUAUAGGCUCAGUCCACACACACAUGCCCACCAUUUCUACCCAAUGCUGCUACGACUUGGAUAAGGCUUAUCUAUUGAACGUUUAAUGUGUUCAUGUACUAUGGGAUUUAUAAGCUUCCCAGUGGGAAGUUUCUUAAUAAUUCUUUUCCAAGUGGUAGCUCUCUCUGGGGAAAAUAUGAAAAUAACAUUGCUACCCUGAAUACUGAAUAGUAUGAACAUCUCAAUCCAUUUCAUUAUAUGAAAUAAAUAAAAUAAUAAUCAGCUCAGGCUGAAAUGGGAAAUAGUGGUUUAGACUUUAACUGGUUUUGUGUGCAUUGAUUCACAAAUCAACUGUGAUCUCAUUAAGGUAUGAUAUCACUAGUGAUAACUCUGACAGUUCCCAUAGUACAUGAACAUUGCAAGCAUGGCUUCUCCACUGCACAUAAGUAAUGCACUGCACUCUGUCUGAAAUUAAGGUCCGGCUACAUGUAGCAAUAAGAUGGCAAACCAACCAAUCGAGCAGGUGUCCCUCUACUUCACAAAUAGAAGUUUUACGUUUCAUGUUUGUCAAGCAGAUUUGUUCUAUAAACCCAUUUGUGGCGCAAGGUAUGUGGAACACAAAAGGUAUUUCUUUCAAAACAUCAAGCUGAUCAGCUGAAACUCACUACAAGAGAAAGGAUCUGUCAGUAUAUUUUAAAGACAGGAAAGGCCACCAGCAUGAUGAAGUAAAACCUUGUGAGGUGUGAAAAGGGAUUUUUGUAUUCUGUCACCUGCACUAAACAGUAAAAAGAAACCUCCAUCUAAUGUUAGGCUGCCCUCUCGCCAUCAUGUCAAGAAUUCUGUCUGUAAUCUGAUGUUCUCAGGUUAAUAUCGGUAUGCAUCGUGAUAACAACAACAUUAAUACAAAGAGGUCUAACAUACGAAAACAAUGGACAAAAAGUAUAAUGUUGGGUAAAAGUGGGUCUGCUUUAUGUGGAACAGGGAUUAAAAUGACUUCUAUGUCUAUGAACUACAAUGAUAUGUCAUGAGACUGCACUGUUGCUGCUAUCCCAACAAGUAAGACGGCUGUCUUGAAUGUAGCAAAUCUCCAAAUGUUGUACUUUAUAACUUACAAAUAAUUCUAAUCACAUUUAAAUGUAUGUUUUUUUCUAAUCAAGUAUCGAGAUUGUAACCUUUGUUAUUUUAACCCUUUAAAAAGCACAAAUCAAUCCCAAUGCCAUCCCCGUUUGUCAAUAUUUUGUGAACAGGGAAAUGGAAAGCAUCAUAAUAACUGUAGUUUCGACUUUCAUGUUCUACUUUUAAGUAGAAUCCAGAAUCUCUGUGAUUUUCUGCAAGCAGCACACAUGUACAGUACAUCUUUGAACAAGUUUGUUUGUAUGUAAAGGGAUAGAGGCAAUAAGAGUUGUACAUUUUGAAACAGUAUGUGCCAACAUUUUUAGGCUAACUGGUAUCCAACCAUAUUGGCUGUGAGCUUUAGAAAUUAUAAUAAAAAUCCAAAUAAUAUCUACAGUUGAUUCCUGUUUUUUGGCCACCUCUUGCUACACUUCUGGUUAGAAUAUCUGAGUUUUAAAAAGUAAUGAUUUGGCAAGUGGAUUGAAACAGAAGGCUUCAUCUUUCUUGCUAGUGAUUUGUAUAAAACUUACUAAUGUUUUAGUGUCUCCUUGCUGAAUCUUCUCUUUUUUUAAUACAUUUAAUGCCUGCUAAACAUAGCAAGGAUGACGUAAAGAGCAAAGCAAUGAAUCUCUGAAGGAUUGCAAAAAUUCUGUGAGAUUUAUACUGUUUUGUUCAUUAAUCUGACCAAAAAAUGAACACGAUGCCCAAAAUUUCUGCCUAAUGCCAUAGACAACUGUAAAGAGGCCAACAAUUUAAGAGGUGAGAAUUUUUCAAGUUCACAAAUAGGAAUUUAACUCUGUUAAUGAUUAUGGCUUCUAGAAUAACUCAUUUUAAACAUAUAUUGUACAUGUGGCUGCUGAAUUGUUUUGGGAUCUGAUAUGGCUGGAAGGGUUAAACGUUUAUUAGAAUGUAUAUUAAUUAAGUUAUGUUUCAAGAUACACAAGAACAAAUGCAAAUGAUGAAACCUUUCCUACCAACACUUGAAAUUAAUUUCUUAUCCCUGUUAAGGGACAAUUUUAUGCAGGUGGCACAAGUAAAUCAUUUGGAAAACUAUUAGACCAAAUACUUUCAUUUGUAUAGUUUUUAAAUCUAUAGUUCAGUUAUUCAGUUAAUCAAUCAGACUUUCGAUCAAUAAGUUAAACAAUCUGAUCAAUUUCUAAAGUUUAUUUUUUGUCAACAGUAGCAAGCAUGAUUCAGUUUUGUGAUUUAAUUGCACUUUAUUCGUAUAUUUCUUGUUUGCAGCUACAUAUUUAAAACUAAAUAAAUGUAUUCAUUCUAUGUUUUUUUUUGUUCUCAGCUGAAUAAUUGAAUAAACACUGAUCAUAUCUG